CAAUUUUGAUACUCUGUAAUUCGACAAUCGCAGUAAAUUUUGAAAUUUUCGAUUUAGUUUUUCCCUUUCGCAUUCAGUUUUUCCCUUUCGCAUUAGCGGUACUCUGCUUUGCUAAAGCAAUUGUCAAACAUGCGUUAUAUUCGUAAUUUUUGUGCUACAAGUAUAAAGAAGUCGCAUUGCAUGAAAAUGGAAGCACUGAAAAUAAAACAACAAACUCAACCAAAGCAAUUUGAAAUUCUCGUGGAUUUCAUGAAGGCGCAUCCUAAUUUAUCGAAAGGAUCACUAAAAACACCAGACGCCAAAAAUACCUCCAAUAAUAUAUGGAAAAAUUUAGUUUCCUAUUUAAACGCAGCUGGGCCACCAUUGCGCGACAUUGCGGGGUGGAAAAAGGUUUGGGCAGACUAUAAGAUUCACUUAAAGGCAAAAAUGCGACGAAACAAAAAUAAUAUUUCGGGAACUGGAGGUGGUCCCUCACUUUUCAUACCCUUAUCACAGUUAGAACAACAAGUGAGUGAGUUAUUGUCAAUAGAGGAAUCAAUAAAUGGAAUGAGUGGUACCUUGUCAUUCGGUGCAGCUACAAGCAGCAUGUCGGAGUUCGUCCUCAAACUUUCACGUUCUCCUGAGAGGUUCCAUACGUGGGAGUCAUGCGACGCUCCUCCAAAUCUACCAUUUACUGCCCUUAUCUGCAUUUUGUGA